AUGACCGUGCAAAGGGGCUUAAGGAGCUAAAUCUGGAGACUGAUGUGACACCUACACAGCGAAGUCUUGGUCUGAUAUGGGACCUAAAGAAAGACACCUUUACCUUUCGAGUAGCAGAGACAGUGAAGCCCUUUACAAAGAGAGGCGUCUUAGCUACAAUCAAUGGUCUUUUUGAUCCCUUAGGAUUUGCUUCACCGGUUACAAUCCAGGGAAAGAUGCUGCUUAGAGAACUUUCAAGUGAGGCCCUAGACUGGGACACUCCACUGCCUAGAGAAAGGGAGGCCGAGUGGAGUACAUGGAAAGAAUCUCUUGUCGAUCUCAAGAAUGUACAUAUUCCAAGAACCUACGCUUCUGCUACGAUGUCAACAUCAAUCAGAAAAGAGUUACACAUCUUUUCUGACGCCUCCACUAAAGCCAUUGCAGCAGUUGCUUUCCUAAAGACCACUGGCGAAAAUCAGAACCAUCAGGUGGGCUUCGUUCUAGGGAAAGCAAAAUUGGCCCCACAAUCUGCUCAUACAAUUCCAAGACUGGAAUUGGGAGCUGCUGUGUUAGCUGCAGAGCUUGCCGAAGUCAUCACAAGUGAACUGGACCUAAAUCUUGAAGCAGUUGAAUUCUACACAGACAGUCGUGUGGUUUUAGGCUAUAUAAGCAACCAGACGAAGAGGUUCUAUGUAUAUGUUGGCAACAGGGUGCAGCGAAUCAGGAGGAUUUCAGAACCAAAACAAUGGCACUAUGUCCCUACGAGCUCUAACCCUGCUGACAUAGGCACACGCUCGGUGCCUGCUGCCAUGCUUGGUGACAGUGCCUGGCUUAAAGGACCUGCCUUCUUGUUACAAGCUAGUGUUACAAGAGAAGCUGAAACCUAUGACCUUGUGGACCCCGAGUUGGAUGAUGAAAUACGUAGCUUUGUCACUCACACGAGUAUUGAUGGGUCUCUGCUUGGAUCGCAAAGGUUCAGACGAUUUUCCUCUUUGAAGAAACUUCUCAAGGCCCUUAGCUUGCUCAUUCAUAUUGCAAAGGUCUUCAAGAGCAAAGGUGAAGGUCCCUCUUGCAGUUCAUGGCAUCAUUGCAAACAGUCUCGCACAGCAGAGGAACUGACAAAGGCUGAGAUUGUCGUCAUCAAAAGUGUGCAGAAGGAAAUGUUUGAGGAGGAACUUGCCUGUAUUGCUAAUGGUAAAGACAUACCAAAACACAGCUCUUUACAAAAACUCAGUCCCUACUGUGAUGAUGAAGGACUCUUGAGGAUAGGUGGAAGGCUCAAACACGCCAACAUCGACUACAAGGAGAAACAUCCUCUCAUUAUUCCAGGUAGUAGCCACGUUGCCAAGUUGAUAGUAGAACACCAUCACCAGCGAGUAAUGCAUCAGGGACGGGUGUUCACAGAAGGUGCAGUCCGUACUGCUGGAUAUUGGAUUACAGGAGCAAGGAGGCUAAUCAAACAGAUUAUCCACAACUGUAUCACCUGCAACAGACUUAGGAAGAGAGCAACUGAGCAAAGAAUGGCAGAUCUGCCUUCUGAUCGUGUCAGCACCGAACCUCCUUUCACCUUCGUGGGUUUGGAUGUAUUUGGCCCUUGGUCCGUGGUCACAAGGCGCACAAGAGGAGGCCAGGCAAAUAGCAGAAGGUGGGCUGUUCUUUUUACGUGUCUUAGCACACGUGCUGUGCACAUUGAACUGAUUGAGUCGAUGGACGCAUCAAGUUUCAUCAAUUCCCUGCGUCGAUUCUUCAGUUUGAGAGGGCCUGUUAAGCAGAUUCGAUCCGAUUGUGGGACUAAUUUUGUCGGUGCUUGCCGGGAGCUAGGUUUCACACUGACAGACCCCGACAUGUCAAGCAUUAAAACAUACCUGGGAGAAGAGGGAUGCACCUGGAUCUUUAAUCCACCUCACUCUUCUCAUAUGGGAGGAAGCUGGGAACGUAUGAUAGGGUUGUCCCGACGUAUCCUGGAUGCAAUGCUUCUCCAAACCACGCACUCUCACUUGACACAUGAGGUGCUUUCCACUCUAAUGGCAGAGGUAACAGCCAUCAUUAAUGCUAGACCUUUGUCUCCUAUCACAACAGAUCCUGACACACCCUUCCUGUUGACGCCUUCCAUGCUUCUCACUCAGAAGGUGUGCACUCCUCUCCCCCCUCCGGGAAGUUUUAUUGAGAAAGAUCUCCAUCGACAGCAGUGGAGGCAAGUUCAACACCUUGCAAACACAUUUUGGACCAGAUGGAGACGGGAGUACUUAGGGACACUGCAAAGCCGGAACAAGUGGCAACGUAACCAUGCAAACCUCAAGGUGGGAAAUUUGGUGCUCAUCAAAGACGCACAAGUGAGGCGCAAUGAAUGGCCAAUGGGAAUUGUCAACCAGAUCUUCCCGGAUAAGGAUGGCAGGGUCAGGAAGAUUGAA